AUGACAGAUCAUCUGAAUAUUUUUCAGGGGAUCAUGAACCAGUUGUCCGCUAUGGGUAUUAAUUUUGAUGAAGAAAUUCAAGGCUUGUUUCUACUUGGUUCCCUACCAGAUUCUUGGGAAAUUAUUAGAACUUCAUUAUCAAAUUCUGCUCCGAAUGAAAAGUGUGAGCACUGCUUGGCUGGAAAACAAAAUAGAGUCUCUUUCAAGUCUCAUCUUCCUUCAAGAAAGACAGAGUUGCUUGAGUUGGUGCAUUCGCAUUUAUGGUCCAACGAAGACGAGGACUGCGGCGGUGCACUUUACUUUGCUACCUUUAUUGAUGAUUGCUCAAGGAAACUUUGGGUCUACGUCUUGAAGACUAAAGACCAAGUGUUGGGUGUCUUUAAGCAGUUUCAGGCUUCAGUUGAAAGAGAAACUGGAAAGAAACUGAAGUGUAUUCGUACUGAUAACGGUAAAGAAAAUUUUGUAUGCAAACUUAAGAAGAGUCUAUAUGGAUUGAAGCAAGCUCCCGACAAAGGGUACAAGAAGUUUGAGUCUCAGGAUGGGGAGCAAGGCUACAAGAAGACUUCUUCAGAUCACUGUGUGUUUGUACAAAGAUUUUCUCAUGAUGAUGACUUUAUCAUCCUUCUGCUAUAUGUGGAUGAUAUGUUAAUUGUAGGCAAGAAUGCUUCCAGGAUUGGCGAGUUGAAGAAACAGUUGAGUAAGUCUUUUGCAAUGAAAGACUUGGGUCAUGCUAAGCAGAUUUUGGGCAUGAGUAUUACUCGUUCAAGAGAUGAAAAGAAGCUUUAUUUGUCACAGAAAAAGUACAUAGAACGUGUACUGGAGCGCUUCAACAUGAAGAAUGCUAAGAGGGUUAGCACACCUCUUCCUGGUCAUCUGAAAUUGAGCAAAAAGAUGUGUCCUACAACAACAGAGGAAAAAGAGAGAAUGGCCAAGAUUCCUUAUUCCUCUGCCGUCGGAAGUUUAAUGUAUGCAAUGGUAUGCACUCGACCAGAUAUUGCUCAUGCAGUCGGUGUUGUUAGCAGAUUUCUCGAAAAUCCAGGGAAAGAGCAUUGGGAAGGCUGUGAAGUGGAUACUCGGUUUUGGCACUGGUACACUUUGGAGAGAUUGGUUCUUUAUGUAGUAUGUGUGGAUCCAUCUAAUCCACAACUUAUCUUGCUUGUGCUCAAUAUCCCACCAUUGUUUAGCUAUUGCUGCUCUAUUCCACAAGUACAGGAUGCUGUUGAUGAGGUUGUUGACAAGGUUUUAGCUAGGCCGAUUCGGCCCCAGUUUGUCAUUGCUUCCAUUGGUCCUUCUUUUUGCUUGGAGGAAGCUCACUGUCUCAUUACUGGUAGAUUCGGUUGCCAAAUUCCAGUAAUCACUUCGACAUCCCAUAGAAUUUUUGGGCAAGAUGCUAACACUAAUGAGUUUGAAGAGGUUCAGUGGGACACCUUUGAAGAUAACGACGCUCAUGACGAUCUUGUUGAUGAGGACAAGGGUGUUUUAAUAACUGUUGGUUUAUUACCAGGAUUAACAGUUGAUUUAAUCCCAUUAAAAAAAUCUCGGGGACUCAUGACUAAGGAUUUCAUGCGCAGUAUCAGGGAAUGCUCGUUCUCUCGUUCUGGAUCACCACCAAUUGGGAUUUUGUUAUUUUCGGACGAGGACAUUGACAUCAAACCGGUCCUUGCAAAGUUGGAUUAUGCUUUUUCCAGUGAGACUGCCAUUGUGGGUAACGGAGGUUCUAAGUUUUUCUACCGAGGUGGAACAGCAAUUAACCGAUCUAAUAACAAAGCGUCCAGUUCAGCUGCUGUUGCUCUUUCAUUUUCAAGGGAUAUAGGCAAGCCUCCUGGUGUUGGGGAAACUCAGUUUCAUGUAAUGUUAUCCACUGGCAUUUCACCGAUUGGGCCUACAUACAAAGCUGUUUAUGUUAAGGCGAUGAUGCCUCGUGAAUAUUCUACUCAGCUCAUGGGAACAACAGAAGAUAUUGACAUGAAUCUGGAUGGUGACACUCUUUUAGAUCAGAUUUAUGAUGAGCUGGGAUAUCAUACCCAUUCUCAAGCUCUCUAUGUUGGAGUUACCCCGAGAAGGAAAUGCACUUCUCAGCGUGACCACCCAAGCUGGAUAACUAUGCAUGAAUUCCAUGUCGUUUUAAGAGGUGAGUACGAGGAUCUUUCUGUCCAUGGUGAUGGUAUCAGAAAUUACGACUCCUUCCGGUUUUACCAUCGAAAUUCUGAUUUGGCACAUGCUUCUUGCAACAAUGUUUCGAACAACUUGAGAAGUCUGAAGCAGGAUCUAAACCACCUAACUCAUGAUCAUACUAAUAGCAAUGACAUAGAUAUGCAUAAGAAGUCUGUUUUUGGUGGUAUGAUGUUCGCUGACUAUGGUCGUGGCAAGUUAUUAUUCGGUGAACCUAAUGUAGAUGCCUCGCCUUUUUUGGAAAACUUCCCCGGGGUUACCUUCUCAGGAACCUAUUGCAACGGAGAAAUUGCACAUGGAGAUUUAAGCUCAUAUGAAGACAGGUCUAAAGAACACAGCUAUGUACGUUGCAGUUUUUACGAAAAUAGCACCGUCUACCUGGUUAUGUCAUAUACUCCUGCAUUGCCACAACAUUAGAGAUAUAGCUGGUGCUGCCUUCGAUAAUCUGGUCGGUAUUGACAAAAGAUUUUUUGUGGUUUGAAUAGUAUAUUGCUCUGUACUUUUUGGUGCUGGAAUUUGGUGGAAUCUGGCUAAUAUUGUAGCUUAGCAGAGGGCAAAUGUCUGCUGUAGAUAUUUCAAAAGCCAUUUUGGACUAUUUUUAUUACUACCUUGUUGCUGUUUUUCAGUAUUAGCAUGUUUGUGCUGUAAAUGACAUGCCUGCAAGAAUUGUACUAUUUUUUGUAUCUUUAAAUUCGGAAAAGGGUAAAAUGCUC